UUUGUUGUUUCAACAUCAUUCAGUCAGUGGGAGGAAAAGGAGCUUCACUUUACCUCAGACAUGAAGGACUAAUCUAUUUUAUUUUCUUGUUCAUUUUUAAUGUUACACCACUUCUGUCGCCGUGCAUGCCGUAAUGUGUAGAAGAAGAAUCUUGUGUGGAAGGAAAAUAUACAUGUUGCGGAAGUAUUUCGGCGGAGAAAGGGAAGGCGAGCUGGCUAACUUUUGCUAGCUAGCAAGCUAAUCCGUUAGCAAAGCAUCUUAUUCAGCUAGCUGAACUAAGCUAAGCUAAAAUCCCGAGGAUGCUGCGGUGGAUACGGCAACAGCUGGGUUUCGACCCGCCACAUCAAAGUGACACCAGAACCGUUUACAUCGCAAACCGCUUCCCUCAGCACGGACAUUACAUUCCACAGAGGUUUGCGGAUAACAGAAUCAUCUCCUCCAAGUACACCAUAUGGAAUUUUAUUCCCAAAAAUCUGUUUGAACAGUUCAGAAGAAUAGCCAAUUUUUAUUUCCUCAUCAUCUUCCUUGUCCAGUUAAUGAUAGAUACCCCAACUUCCCCUGUGACGAGCGGACUUCCCUUAUUUUUUGUCAUUACAGUAACUGCCAUUAAACAGGGCUAUGAGGACUGGCUGAGACACAAAGCAGAUAAUGAAGUUAAUGGCGCUCCGGUGUUUGUGGUGCGCAGUGGCAGUUUGGUGCAGACUCGCUCCAAGAAUAUACGAGUUGGAGACAUAGUGCGAGUAGCGAAAGACGAGACGUUUCCGGCUGAUCUGGUGCUGUUGUCUUCAGAUCGGGCAGAAGGGACAUGUCACAUCACAACGGCCAGUUUAGACGGAGAGACAAACUUGAAGACUCACUACGCAGUACCCGAGACAGCCGUGUCCCAGUCCGUGUCCCGGCUCGAGUCACUGCAGGCUGUAGUGGAGUGCCAGCAGCCUGAGCCAGAUUUGUACAGGUUUGUUGGGAGAAUCACAGUAACACAAUAUGGGGAGGAGAUCGUUAGACCUCUAGGACCUGAAAACCUCCUGCUUCGAGGAGCACGGCUGAAAAACACCAAAGAAAUAUUUGGUGUGGCCGUGUACACAGGCAUGGAGUCUAAAAUGGCUCUGAAUUACAAGUGCAAGUCCCAGAAACGCUCAGCAGUGGAGAAGUCGAUGAACACGUUUCUCAUCAUCUAUCUGGUUAUCCUGCUUUUUGAGGCUGUCCUCAGCACCAUUUUAAAAUAUGCCUGGCAAGCAGAGAACAAAUGGGAUGAGCCAUUCUACAACAAGAAGACAGAGACGGAACGUAACAGCAGCAAGAUUUUGAGGUUCAUCUCUGAUUUCUUGGCCUUCCUGGUUCUAUACAACUUCAUCAUCCCCAUUUCGCUGUACGUUACUGUGGAGAUGCAGAAGUUUCUUGGUUCCUUCUUCAUCGGCUUGGACCUUGACCUCUAUCAUGAGGAGAGCGACCAGAGAGCCCAGGUCAACACCUCCGACCUCAACGAGGAGCUGGGGCAGGUGGAGUAUGUUUUCACCGACAAGACAGGGACUUUGACUGAAAACGAGAUGCAGUUUCGUGAAUGCUCCAUUAACGGUAUGAAGUACCAAGAGAUCAACAGCAAAUUGGUUCCUGAGGGAAUGACUGAGGAUGUCCCAGAUGCCAGCUCUUUUUCUCGCUUGAGCAGAGAAGAGGAGCUGUUCCUGAAAGCUGUGUCUCUGUGCCACACAGUUCAGAUCAGUUAUGAUCAAACUGACGGUGUGUCUGAUCCUUUCUCACAUGCUAAUGGAUUCACAUCUCAAAUGGAGUAUUAUGCCUCAUCUCCUGAUGAGAAAGCCCUCGUGGAAGCCACCAAGAGGAUGGGCGUGGCCUUCACAGGAAUUAACGGAGAAACCAUGGAGAUCACAACAUUCGGCAAAUCAGAAAAAUAUAAACUCCUUCAUGUGUUAGAGUUUGACGCAAACCGAAGGCGCAUGAGUGUGAUAUUACAGACUCCCUCAGGGGAGAAGGUGUUGUUCACUAAAGGAGCCGAGUCCUCUGUUCUUCCCUACACCAAGAGUGGAGAGAUCGAAAAGACCAGAGUGCACGUGGACGAAUUCGCUCUGAAGGGUUUGAGGACACUGGUGGUGGCCUACAGGCUCUUCAGUGCGGAUGAGUAUAAGGAAGUGGAACGGCGGAUCUAUGAGGCUCGAACGGCUCUCCAGCAAAGAGAAGAAAGGUUAAGUGAAGCCUUUAACUUCAUCGAGAAAGACCUGCAGCUGCUUGGUGCUACCGGAGUGGAAGACAAGCUGCAGGAGAAGGUCCAGGAGACGAUUGAGGCUCUGCGUUUAGCUGGAAUUAAAGUGUGGGUGCUAACGGGAGAUAAACACGAGACUGCAGUCAGCGUGAGUCUCUCCUGCGGCCACUUUCACCGUACUAUGAACAUCCUGGAACUUGUGCAGCAGAAAUCUGAUCACGAGUGUGCAGAGCAACUCCGCAGACUUGCACGCAGGAUCAAAGAGGACCAUGUAAUUCAGCAUGGAUUGGUGGUAGAUGGUGCAAGUCUGUCUCUGGCUCUGCGUGAACAUGAGAAGCUGUUCAUGGAAGUGUGCAAGAACUGCUCUGCUGUGCUCUGCUGCAGGAUGGCCCCAUUGCAGAAAGCCAAGGUGGUUCGCUUGCUGAAGACGUCCCCAGAGAAACCCAUUACAUUAGCCGUCGGAGAUGGAGCCAAUGAUGUCAGUAUGAUCCAGGAGGCCCAUGUAGGAAUAGGUAUCAUGGGAAAAGAGGGAAGGCAAGCUGUACGAAACAGCGACUAUGCAAUCGCUAGGUUUAAAUUCCUCUCCAAGUUACUGCUCGUCCACGGACAUUUCUACUACAUUCGAAUAGCAACGCUUGUGCAGUACUUUUUCUACAAGAAUGUGUGCUUUAUCACACCGCAGUUUUUAUACCAGUUCUUCUGUCUGUUUUCACAACAAACGCUGUAUGACAGUGUGUAUCUUACACUCUACAACAUCUGCUUCACCUCCCUCCCCAUCCUGGUGUAUAGUCUCUUUGAACAGCUUGUUCAUCCUCAUAUUCUACAGAGCAAGCCAGCACUUUACAGAGAUAUCAGUAAGAACUCGCUGCUGUCCUUCAAAACCUUUUUGUAUUGGACGUUCCUGGGCUUCUGCCACGCCUUUGUCUUCUUUUUUGGCUGCUACAUCCUGAUGGGAGAGGACACAAGUCUGAUGGGAAAUGGACAGAUGUUUGGAAACUGGACUUUCGGUACAUUGGUGUUUACCGUUAUGGUCAUCACAGUAACCUUAAAGUUGGCAUUGGAGACACACUUCUGGACAUGGAUGAACCAUUUUGUCACGUGGGGAUCCAUCGCUUUCUACUUCAUAUUCUCCUUGUUUUAUGGGGGAAUUAUAUGGCCGUUUCUCCACACACAGGACAUGUAUUUUGUCUUUGUUCAGCUGUUGUCCAGUGGCUCGGCCUGGUUCGCGAUCAUCAUCAUCGUCAUCACCUGCUUGUUCCCUGACAUCAUCAAGAAAGUGUUUUACAGACACGUACAGCCCACAAGCACACAGAAGUCUCAGAAUAUCGAGGGGUACGAAGGCGUUGCCUGUAUGGACUCAGUGUGUUGUUUCCCAGGUGGCCGUGGUGUCUGUGGCUUUCUGGAGCGACUGAAGCGAGCCAACAGAUCAUGGAGCGACUCGGAUCCGUUCUCCUCCAAUGACCGCAGUGUUUUGACCCUGUCUCCUGUGGAAGUUUCUCACUGCUAGCGUAUAAAGAAGUCAUCGUUGUCAUCCUAAACACGAUUGUAUGCACCUCAAUCAGAACGGUCCGUCCUUCCCGAGGAAACGUGUCCGAAGCCAUACUAGCCUCCCUGUGUUACUCCUGUCCUGUCAUGUAGCAUUAGCUCACUCCAGAGAACGCCUCCUGAAGGAAGCAGACUCAUCAGCUUCAGUUUCAUCCAUCCUUCACCUUAUUUAUGCACGUGUGCUUUUAGCUCUUCCAUCAUCCUCAGUUUCAUUUCUAUGCCCUCAUCUGCGCUUAAUAUUAUUUUUCCACUAUUUGUGUGCGUUGUGUGUUUCUCGCUGAGCGAGCCUGUAGACUGUAUGUGCUCCUCAGCUUUCAGAGGCCUUUGGGUUACUAUGGCAACCGUUAAAGUCACUUUAGAAACAUCAUUUAUUUCAUCAGGAAUAGGAACAGUUCGACCAAAGAUAAAAUAAAAAAAAAAUCCUCUUUACUCCAAAUGUAAUCGAUCAGCAGUCUAGUGCACAAAGUUUACUGCAUUUUUUUUGUACUGGAGCUAUAGGGCUAGUGUGUGUAAUGCAGAUCUACAACUUUGUGUGUCAAGUUAUUUUAUUAGACACCUCAAUACACAGACACAGAUAUCAGUCUAAUAAUACUCUGACACCAAUCUGAUACUCUGUGUCUUGGGUCUUAUGUGUGCUGAUGCGCUAAUAAACAAAAGAAAGGGGAAAAAAAUAAAAUGUGAACUGUUUGAAUCUAAAUCUAAAUCAACUCCAUAUUUUCCUCUUUAGACUAUGCCUCUUUCUAAAUCUAGCAGCAAAGUGUGCUGAGGAAGAAAACAACUCAAGAUUUUAUUCUCAUGCUGAUGAGAAGCAUCUCAGAAACCUCAUGCUAAACCUGUAGCUAUUGUCAGUUUAAUUUUAGCUCCAGCACAAAACUAGACAAGCUAAUAUGCCUUGGCUGAUUACACUUGGGUGUUGUGUGAGGUUUUGGCCGAUUUUGUUCCUUUAAAUUGGGAUUUUCUCUGUGAUCGCGCCAACUGGAAACGUGUAGUCCUGGUAAAUAUUUUUCUAAGUGUGUAAUAUGAUAAAUCCUGUUUAAUAUAUUAUUAGAGAGAAAUGUGUGAGGGGUCCCGACUCGGACAUGAGACUGGAUGUACAACUGUAGUUUGGUUUUUGUUUUAUUUUUUUCUUAUUUGGAAUGAAUGAAGAGAUUAUAGACAUAUCAGACAAGCACUUGUAAUUAUUUUUCUGUCAGUUACUUCUGUUAGUUUAUGUUGUUAAAAGUUUUAUGUCAGGGAACACACAGGUCAUAAACAGCCCUCUCGAUUCAUCUCAAACUAUCCACACUCAGCUGCCCAGUUAUUAGUGACUACAGUGUUCUAGCUAAUAAACUGAUAGCUCAGUGUAUUUGUGUGUUUUUCCUCAGAGAUAGUAGCAAUAAAAAGAAAUCUCUGGAUCGAGGAUCGUCCACUCCAGCUGUGAGGCCAGGGCGUCAUUUCCUGGUGCAUUUCCAUCGUUUUCCAUUUGAAGAAAAACAAUGUCAAUGAAGUGUGUUACUGUAAUCGUCCUCUCCUCACAGUCAAAGUGUUCAGUUGCUGUUUAUGGAAGUUCUAUUUACAACAAAAAUAAAACUGUUUUUAAAGAA